ACUCUCCCCGCCCUCUUGUCAGCAUUUAUUAUUGGAAAUAAUUUCCAUCUGAUUAGGGAUAAGGCGUACGCUCAAUCAAUGAGCGAUUUGCUUUUUCAUGUGACUCUCUCACCCAGAAUUGGUCAGAGGUUCGUACCAUUCAUGUGCACAAAUGCGUACACUUGAAACGUUAGACUUAAGAGCAGUAGAGCGCACUGCGCAAGUUAUGCAAAUAAUGGUAGUGAUGGGUAAGAUUUUGAUAUGUGGGCUGUAUUUCAUCAGUGUCGCUGCUUCAAUUAAUGCACUUGAUAAUGGUUUGGAUUUAACCCCACAAAUGGGAUGGAAUUCCUGGAAUCAUUUUCAUUGUAAAAUCGACGAAAAAAUAAUACGAGAGACAAUCGUCGCAUUGUCUAGCAUAGCUCCUUUGGUUGAUUUGGCUCAUUCAGUUGGACUAAAGUUGGGCAUUUAUAGCGACGCAGGGUUUAAAAUAUGCGCAAGACGGCCUGGAUCCUUGAAUUAUGUUAUUGAUGCUAAUACAUAUGCCAGUUGGAAAAUUGAUUAUUUGAAGUAUGAUAAUUGCCACAUGGAUGGAACAAAACCUGAGAUACGGUAUCCAAAGAUGCGCGAUGCUCUUAAUCAGACAGGUCGACCAAUAUUCUUUUCAAUGUGUGAGUGGGGCAUUGACGACCCUGCAACAUGGGGACAAAACGUAGGAAACAGCUGGAGAACCACAUAUGACAUAAAAGACAACUGGGGCAGCAUGAUUUCAAGAGCGGAUAAAAAUGGCAAGUGGUGGAAAUAUGCAAAACCUGGUGGCUGGAAUGAUCCAGACAUGUUAGAGGUUGGCAAUGGCAACAUGUCAAAUGUGGAAUACAUAACACACUUUAGUUUGUGGUGUUUGAUGAAAGCUCCACUUCUGAUUGGCUGUGAUAUUCGAAACAUAUCACCUGAAACAAUGAACAUACUCACAAAUACUGAUGCCAUAGCAAUCAAUCAAGAUCCACUUGGCAUCCAAGGUCAUAAGAUUCAUUCCAAUGGAAUUCUAGAAGUAUGGGCUGGACCAUUGAAAGAUCAUUCUAUGGCUGUCAUAUUGUUGAACAAAGGGACUAGCAUUGCUACAAUAUCUGUAUCAAGUGAUGAACUUGGCUUUGAAGAUGAUAAUUUAUACAGUGUUUAUGAUAUAUGGCAGCACAAAAAUUUGGGAAAUUUUGCUGGCAAAUUUUCAUCUGAAGUUGAAGCUCAUGGUGUAAUGUUCGGAAAGUUUACCAAGAUUGAUGAUUCAUUUGAGAAAACAUCAAGAUUGACUAGGCAUGUAGCCUUGUAACAUGCAGAGGCCUUAUCCCUUUAAGUGAUACUCUUAUAAUUUGUAAUGCAUGACAGACUGAUCAUUGAAGAAGAAUUGUGAAAUCAUGGUCUCUUCAUAAAUAUAAUAUUUUGUAUGUUUGGC